UUCGAUUUUAAUUAUAUCAGGAGGGCGGCCCUGUCCGCUGCCCAAUAAAAACGGGCCGAAGCUGACACCUGGCUAUAAACACAGGAAGGAUUCUAAAGGCUAAUCAGAAAUCUAUAGAAAAAAUCAACAGCCACAUCUGUAACAGAGACCCAGACGCAAUGACUUCGAGUGAAAUUGAGCUCCCCGGUGAAGUGAAGACCGACGCCGCUGCGCUGAUGGCAUCGCUUCAUUUGAUGCCCUCGCCGGUGCCCAACCCGGAGAUAAAGUACACUAAGAUCUUCAUCAAUAACGAGUGGCAAAAUUCAGUGAGCGGAAAGACCUUCCCCGUUUACAACCCCGCCAAUGGAGAGAAGAUCUGCGAAGUUCAGGAGGCAGAGAAGGCGGACGUGGACAAGGCCGUCCAGGCGGCACGCCUGGCCUUCUCCCUGGGCUCGGUGUGGAGGAGGAUGGAUGCCUCGGAGCGCGGGAGGCUGCUGUCCAAACUGGCCGACCUGGUGGAGAGGGACUGCGCCUACCUUGCGACGCUGGAGUCCCUGGACAGUGGGAAACCUUUCCUCCAGACCUUCUACGUGGACCUGCAGGGAACCAUAAAGACACUCAGAUACUUUGCGGGAUGGGCGGACAAGAUCCAUGGCUUAACCAUUCCAAUGGAUGGAGAUUAUUUUACAUUCACCAGGAACGAGCCCAUCGGUGUGUGCGGACAGAUCAUCCCGUGGAACUUCCCCCUGCUGAUGACUGCCUGGAAGCUGGCCCCCGCGCUCUGCUGCGGCAACACCGUGGUCAUCAAGCCGGCCGAGCAGACCCCGCUCAGCUGCCUCUACAUGGGGGCCCUCGUCCAAGAGGCUGGGUUUCCACCGGGAGUCGUCAAUAUUUUGCCAGGAUUCGGGCCAACGGCAGGAGCUGCGAUAGCUUCGCACAUGGGCAUAGACAAAGUGGCUUUUACAGGAUCAACUGAGGUUGGGAAGCUGAUCCAAGAAGCAGCUGGAAGGAGUAAUCUGAAGAGAGUAACGCUGGAGCUCGGGGGAAAGAAUCCCAACAUCAUUUUUGCAGAUGCAGACUUGAAUGUGGCCGUGGAGCAGGCCCACCAGGGUGUCUUCUUCAACAAUGGCCAGUGUUGCACUGCCGGCUCCCGCAUCUAUGUGGAGGAGCCCAUCUACGAGGAGUUUGUGCGCAGGAGCGUGGAGAGAGCCAAGAGGAGGGUGGUGGGGAGCCCCUUCGACCCCACCACCGAGCAGGGCCCGCAGAUCAGCCAGGAGCAGCAGAGCCGUGUGCUGGAGUAUAUCCAGAGUGGGAUCAAUGAGGGAGCCAGGCUGGAGUGUGGAGGCAAAGCCCUGGGCUUGAAGGGUUUCUUCAUCGAGCCCACCGUCUUCUCAAACGUCAGUGAUGACAUGCGCAUCUCCAAGGAAGAGAUCUUUGGCCCAGUCCAGCAGAUCAUGAAGUUCAAAACCAUUGAGGAAGUGAUUGAAAGAGCCAACAACUCAGAUUACGGGCUGACUGCUGGUGUAUUCACCAAUGACAUCAACAAAGCCAUGACACUGUCCACUGCCCUGCAGGCCGGCACUGUUUGGAUAAACUGUUACAAUGCCCUGAGCUCUCAGUGUCCGUUCGGAGGAUUCAAAAUGUCUGGAAACGGGCGAGAGAUGGGCGAGUACGGCCUGAGAGAGUACUCAGAGAUGAAGACAGUCACGAUGAAGCUGCUGGAGAAGAACUCCUAGGGCACGCGAUGUCCUGGGGAGUGCUUCCUCUCCUGCUGUGCGCACCUCUAACCGGCCAUCUCCACUAACCGUACUAAAGCACUCGGAGAGGUGAUCUACUGACCCCUCCCCCCUUCAAUGGACACACACAUACACACACACACACACUACUGCCGUACCUCUCUCCCACCGCCCCCUCGCCCCCUGCUGUUAACUUAUUGUACUGCGUGGGGAAGGGGUACGGCUGUGAAGGGGGGUUAUUUAAAACCGCGCACAUCAUCUGAAACCUCAUGUAUCAUUGCCUUAUUGCGUAGCAUUUGCGAAUCCAUGUUUGUUUUAGUUCUGAUGAAGGCCACUGACCCUCUCCUUUCUAAAAAAGACUCAAGUGAUAUGUUUGUUUUAACUGUGUAUUCUAAUUCUUUGUGAUUUUUCUUCUUUUACUACUUAACACUGUAUAUCACUUUUACUGAUAUUUUAAAAGAUACUUUCAACCAAUGUAAAAACUGCGAACAAAGAAUGGUUAUCCUGUAAGUCCUGUUUUAGUCAGGUCCAUCGACAAUGGAGUCGAUCCAGUUUAUACA